AGUAUCUCUCCCAGAGAAAUCAGCCAAUCAGCUUGCGCUUUAGCUUUACUCUCUAACGGUGCGUUCGUUAUGUUUGUGUGGGAAUACAAAAAUGGCGGAAGAACAGGAAUUACUACAACUGGAGAAUCUGUGCAAGCAGAUGUAUGAAACUGCUGACAGCAGUUUACGCAGUGAUGCUGAGAAGGCCCUUGUUGCUUUUGCCUCUUCCCCAGAUUGUCUUAGUAAAUGCCAACUUUUGUUAGAAAGAGGGAAUUCUCCCUAUGCACAACUCUUGGCAGCUUCAACUCUUACAAAAUUGGUCAGUCGUCCAAAUUUGACAUUACCAUUGGAACAAAGAAUAGACAUACGAAAUUAUGUACUAAAUUUUUUGGGUACUAGACCAAAAUUAGUUCAUUAUGUAUUACAGUCACUGGUCCAGCUUUUUGCACGUAUUACAAAACUGGGCUGGUUUGAUGUACAAAAAGAUGAGUGUGUAUUCCGAAAUGCAGUACAAGAUGUAGCAAAAUUCAUUCAGAGUAUGUCCACACAACAUGUCAUGAUAGGAGUCCAGUUGCUGUCCCAAUUAGUCUGUGAAAUGAAUCAAUUGAGUGAGGCGGAAGCCAGCAGAUCAAUCACCAAACAUCGUAAAACUGCCUCAUCUUUCCGAGACACCCAACUUUAUGAGAUUUUCCAGCUAGCAUGUUCAUUACUUCGAACAGCCGAAGGAAAUUUAAAAACUCUUGAUUUUUCUGAUGAUAGUCAGCAUGGUCUGUUGUCCCAUUCACUGCGAUUAGCACUCAACUGCUUAACAUUUGACUUCAUAGGAGCAUCCACAGAUGAAUCUUCAGACGACCUGUGCACUGUCCAAAUUCCAACAAGUUGGCGAUCAGUUUUUCUUGAUUUCAGUACGCUACAGUUAUUUUUUGAUUUGUAUGCAGGACUCCCAUCUUCAUUAUCUUCAAUGGCUCUCUCUUGUCUUGUGCAAGUGGCAUCAGUUCGGCGUUCAUUGUUCAAUAAUGAUGAAAGGGCCCAGUUUCUUAAUCAUCUUGUUGCUGGUGUACGACGCAUUUUAGAACAUCCACAGAGUUUGUCACAUCCUAAUAACUACCAUGAAUUUUGUCGGUUGCUUGCCCGCUUGAAAUCAAAUUAUCAGCUAGGGGAACUUGUAAAAGUAGAUAACUAUCCUGAAAUUAUAAAACUCAUUGCUGAAUUUACAGUAACUAGUUUACGUAUGUGGCAAUGCGCACCAAACAGCAUACAUUAUUUAUUGAGUUUGUGGCAGCGUAUGGUGGCUUCAGUUCCUUAUGUGAAAGCUUCAGAACCUCAUCUCUUAGAAACCUACACACCAGAAGUCACUAAAGCCUAUAUUACCUCAAGGAUGGAAUCUGUCCAUGUGGCCCUCACUGAGGGCCUUGAAGAUCCUUUAGAAGAUAAUGGGAUGGUAACUCAACAACUAGAUCAGCUAUCAACUAUAGGACGGUGUGAGUACGAGAAAACCUGUGCAUUACUGGUGCAGCUGUUUGAUGAAGCUGCUCAGCGGUACCAAGAACUGAUUUCAUCUGGCGGACAAAGUGUAGAAGUAGCAGUUCAACAAGGCCGUCUAACAUGGUUAGUGUAUAUAAUUGGUGCUGUUGUUGGUGGAAGGGUAUCGUUUGCCAGUACAGAUGAACAUGAUGCUAUGGAUGGAGAGCUUGUAUGUCGAGUACUGCAGUUGAUGAAUCUCACCGACUCUCGUUUACAACAGAGUGGUUGUGAAAAACUAGAACUUGCCAUCUUGAGUUUCUUUGAACAGUUUCGGAAGAUUUAUGUUGGUGAUCAAGUACAGAAAACUUCAAAGGUUUACCGAAGACUUUCUGAAGUUUUAAGGUUGAGCGACGAAUCAAUGGUAUUAAGUGUUUUUAUAGGAAAAAUCAUUACAAACUUGAAAUAUUGGGGUCGGAGUGAACAGAUUAUCACGAAAACACUUCUGUUAUUGAGUGAGUUAUCAGUUGGUUACAGUAGUGGCCGCAAACUAGUCAAAUUAGAAGCCGUACAACUCAUGCUCAAUAACCACACAAGUGACCACUUUCCAUUCCUGGGAGUGAACACAAACGGUAAUAUCAUGGCAGACAUGAGGUGCCGGACCACAUUCUACACGGCGCUUGGGAGGUUGCUGCUGGUAGACCUGGGUGAAGACGAGGAGAAGUUUGACCAGUUUAUGUUACCACUUACAUCUGCUUUUGAUGCAGUCGGAAACAUGCUUGCCAAUGCAAACACCCAAAAUAAAAUGGAAGAAGCUAAGAGGUCAUUAAUUGGUCUGGCUCGAGAUUUACGAGGUGUUGCGUUUGCCUUUAAUACCAAAACUAGUUAUAUGAUGAAUUUUGAUUGGAUCUAUCCUACUUACACACCAGUAUUACAUCGGGCAGUUGAACUGUGGUACCACGAUCCAUCUGUUACGACGCCUGUUUUAAAACUUAUGGCUGAGCUGGCUCAGAAUCGCUCACAGCGGUUACAGUUUGAUGUUUCUUCUCCAAAUGGCGUGUUAUUGUUUAGAGAAAUUAGCAAAAUUGUUGUUAGUUAUGGUGAACGAAUCCUUUCUAUUGGUGAUAUUCCCAAGGAUCAAUUGUACCCUAUGAAAUUAAAAGGAAUUUCCAUAUGUUUUUCAAUGUUGAAGGCAGCCCUGUGUGGAAACUAUGUAAAUUUUGGUGUGUUCAGGCUUUAUGGUGAUGAUGCCCUUGAUAACGCUUUAGCAAUGUUUGUCAAGUUGUUAUUAUCCAUACCACAGAAUGAUCUUUUGGAUUAUCCAAAACUCAGCCAAAACUAUUACGCAUUGCUAGAAUGCCUUGCUCAAGAUCACAUGAUGUUUAUCAGCAACUUGGAACCGCAAGUCUUUCUCUACAUUCUUUCAACAAUAUCUGAGGGACUAACUGCUUUAGACACUAUGGUGUGUACAGGCUGUUGUGCAAUACUUGACAAUAUUGUUACAUAUCUAUUUCGACGUCUAACUCGAAAGAAAAAGAAAAACCACCCAACCAGCAUACGAGACAGUGAAGCAUUCCUCAGAAUCCUUGAAGUCCAUCCAGAAAUUUUACAACAGAUGUUGUCCACCGUUCUAAAUAUUAUCAUGUUUGAAGACUGUCGUAAUCAGUGGUCCAUGUCCCGGCCUCUCCUGGGCCUCAUCUUGCUGAAUGAAGAUUAUUUCCAUAAACUGAAAGACAGCAUCAUUUCCAGCCAACCUGCAGACAAACAGCCAGCCAUGGCACAAUGUUUUGAGAACUUGAUGGAGGGAAUUGAACGAUCUUUACUUACCAAAAAUCGAGACAGAUUCUCCAUACAGUUGAAAUUGAUUCCUGCUCUGCCAUUAAAUAAUAAUGAAAGAUCCAUGGGAGUGUUGGAAGACGUGAUAACUGCAGUUUAUAUCCAACCUAGGUUUUAAAUGUGAAACUAAUUUCAAACUGACGUUUUUGUUUUGAAAUAAGACUUUGAUGUUUUUGCGGGGACAAAUCAGACUCACUCACUUCCCCCUUUUUCUGACACCUCAAAUCAAAUCUAUAUCAAAAUAAACGCAUCUGUCUUGAUAUCACACCCUCCUAUGUCCCCCUCGACCCUUUGUCUUUGCCCUUCCCUCUGUCCCUUGUCUUUCCUCAUUUCUCUCAAUCCAACCUGGCCCUUACAUCGAUGUCUACCAUCACAAAACCAGUGAAUAUGAUCUGUUUGUUCCAGAUUUAUAUUUUACAAACUAGAAAAGCUACCCACCUCUAUCGGUUGCUAAGUUACAGGGAUGUAAACGCACCAACACCAGUUGUCAAGCAGUGGUGGGAGACAAACAAAUAUAUACAUAGCUAUAUAUGACAGGCUUCUUUCAGUUUCCAUCUACCAAAUCCACUCAAGGCCUUGGUCAGCCUGAGGCUAUAGCAGAAGACACUUACCCAAGGUGUCACAUGGUGGGACUGAACCUGGAACCAUGUGGUUCUCUCUAUUCCUUUCUCUCUCACUCUUCCUCCUUCCCUACCUUCAUUUUUCGUUGCUGUCUUUUUAACAGUAAAACAUUGUUUACUCAUCACAGCAUGAUUAAAACAGCAUUUAUAAUAAUAAUAUUAAUAUUUAAUGAUGUUGAAAACAAACCCAAAAGACAGUGUGUGAGACAGGGAAAAUAUGGACGAUUCUCUUUUUGUUAUUUGACUAUUUAUUGUAUCUUCCCUGCUUUGCCUUGUUCAUUAUUAUUUGUUUUAAAUCUGAAAUUAUUGAAUGUAUUAAAGUAAAAAUCAUUUGUAAAAAUAUAUUAUUUUUAACUAAA